GGCUCGGGGAGAGGUGCCGUGGGCAGGGCCUGAGUGAGGAACUGUCUGUACCUGUUAGCACGUGUGUGGUCAUGGGAGCCCCCUGCACUUCCCGAGUCUACACACGGGGCUCCUGGAUCACUGGGGACAGGCUCCCUGACACUACUGCCCUGGCCCCUGCACGACCAUGGUCAGCUGGAGAUGCUGCCUGCAAGGGAGCCCUGAUCAGGUGCUGCUGCUCAUCUAACAUGGCAAUGUCCCUGGGUGCCAGCCAAGCCCUUCAUGAAACUUUGGGGUUGCCAUCCCAGGAGCAGCCGGAGUGCCAUGCUGUGUCCUGCUGGGAGGACUUUGUUUAUGGGGAAGAGGAUUUUGUUCUGUGUGGGGCUGGCUGGUGGAGAAGCAGGUCAGAGGGGCCAGCAAGCCGCACCAUGUCUCGCUUUGACAGAGCUUUGCAGUCCGGUUGGGAGGAGAGGAUGAAGCUGGGUUUGUUCAGGUAUCACCUGGGGGAGCUGCAGACCCGUAUAUUGCCAGGGAAUGUCCGGUUUGUGGCCCAGCUGAACAUCCAGAGAGGUUUGGAGAGAAGGAAACCACAGGACAUCCAGAGUGUCAAGCAGAAAUUCGACCCUCAGCAAUUCCACUUCAAUAAAAUCAAACCAGAGGAAAUCCUCUUCCAUAUGGUCAGGGCCCCAACUCCCCACCCUCCUAGCAGGGGUUGCUCUCAGUUCCAAGGGGGCUCUUUGGAGUCGAAACUCCCAGGGACACCUGACUGCAUCCUAGUGGUGAUUAAUGUCAGCCCCUUGGAGUUUGGACAUGUGCUCUUUAUUCCAGACCCCGCUCUCUGCCUACCUCAGAUUCUCACCCAGGAGCUGCUCAAGUUCGGGCUGGAGUCGGUUCUUCUCAGUGCCCACCCAGGCUUCCGCGUUGGGUUUAACAGCCUGGGAGCCUUCGCCUCGGUCAACCACUUGCACCUACAUGGGUUUUACCUGGAUUGGGAGCUCCUGAUUGAGACUGCCCCAGGCGAACCCCUGUGCCCUACACUCAACUUCCACUUCCUACGGGGGGUCCCAGCCCCAGGGUUCCUGUUCUACAGUGAAGGGGAGGGCCUAGGGGCCCUGGCGCACAAUAUCUGCCGAGUCACUGACUACCUGGUGGGUAAAGAGAUUGCACACAACGUGUUUGUGACUCGGGGAACUGCUCCUGGGGAGUCAUCCCACUCGGAGACCCGCUCUGGAAUCCGGGUGAUCAUCUGGGCCAGGAGGUCCUGCUUUGGGUCCAAAGGGGAAGCUGCAUUUAAUGUGGCACUUUGUGAGCUGGCUGGGCACUUGCCCAUCAAAACGGCCGAGGACUUCCAGAGCCUUACGGAGACGGCAGCCAUUAACAUCAUCCAGAGAUACCUCCUCCCUGAGCCACAGCUGUCACAGCUCCGAGGCCAGCUGGUGACGCUUCUCACAGAGUAACCACAUGGGCUCUGCAUUGCACAUUGCGUCACACUUUCUGGGGUCAAGUCUCACUCUUGCAUAUUUUGUAACUGCUGUAGACUCGUUCAUUGGGGCAGUCGGGGAGCAGGGAGUUACUGGAUUUGCUUCCAGGAUCCAGCAUGGAGGCAACCUUGCUGUUUGAACCACUGUCCCCGCGGGCACUGCAGACUGGACCCUCUGGACACCGACUGGCCUGUUGUACCAUCAUUGGCAACAAAUGAAGGAAGAUCUCCAUGACAGGGUUUGUCCUUAACCUCACUUGCCCCAUGUGUGUUUAAGUGGGGCUCUGCGGUGUGCUGGGAGUGGAAGAUAAAGUAGGAGUGUCAUCCCCAAGUUCCUAAUCUAGCUAAUGAGUGAACUGUUGGCUUGUUUCUGGUGAAUCAGCCAAUAAACCCCCACCUUUGGAAAUGCCAUAGCA